UUCUGCAAUAAAUUCUUUCAAAGAAGUGAUGAAGCCAUUUUCUUGUUUAGCAUUCUUGUUUUUUCUACUUAAUUAUUUGGUUGUAAAAGAGGCAAAUGGAUCUCUUAGAGAGUUGAAGCUUUAUGAAUUUCAAAAAGGACUUGAAGAUAAACAUUUCCAUUCUUCAUCUUUCAUCUAUUCAUCAUUACCUUCACCUUCUCCAGAACCUUCUGUUCCCACCUCCAAUGCCAAAAAGAGUGAAGGAGGGGUUAUAUAUCCUAUAGGGUACGGUGCAGAUCCAAGAGGGACAAGUGAUAGUAGUGAAGCCAUUAAGGAGGCUAUUAAUGAUGCAUUAAAAUUGCAAAUUAAUGGAUUUGCAUUGCUGCCUGGUAUUAGUGAUCUUGGUGGUCUCAUUAUUGAUUUUCAAGGUGGAAAUUACAGAGUCAACAAUCCUAUUCUAUUUCCUCCUGGCAUUGGCAAUAUUGUGGUAAAAGGGGGAACAUUAAGAGCAUCCGAUACAUUUCCAGGUGAUAGACAUCUAAUUGAGCUAUGGUCACAAGAUUCUACCAAGUUUGUCACAGACUACAAUAUUUCCCACCACCAUAGUGACAUUUUCGAUCGGCGCAACCAAAAUGUUGCGAUUCGCUAUGAGGGAAUAACGUUCCGUGACAUCCUCUUCGACUCUGGCUAUCGAGGAGGAGGUCUAUAUGUCGUUGACUCAGCUAGAAUUCGCAUAACGGAUUGCUUUUUCGUUCACUUUAGCACGGAAGGAGUCCUCGUCCAUAGGGGCCAUGAGACCUUUAUAUCGAACACGUUCAUGGGCCAACAUCCGACCAUUGGUGGUGAUAGAGGUGAGAAGGAUUUCUCAGGCAUAGCAAUUGAUCUUGCUAGUAAUGACAAUGCAAUUACUGAUGUUACAAUUUUCUCAUCAGCAAUUGGAAUUGUACUUAGGGGUGAGGCUAAUAUUGUCACAGGGGUACAUUGUUACAACAAGGCAACAUAUUUUGGUGGGGUUGGAAUUUCAGUUAAAGCAUCCCAAAAUAGGAUAGAUAAUUGUUACCUUGACUAUAACUCUAUAGUCAUUGAGGACCCUUUCUUAGUUCACAUCUCAAAUGGGUAUUUUCUUGGUGAGGGAAAUAUUGUUUUGAAAGCAAUUAACGGUCGAAUUUUCGGACUAAACGUUAUCAACAACAUGUUUAGUGGUAACCCUUCAAAAAUGACACCAAUUUUGACUUUGGAUGGAGAGUUCAAUGAUAUUGAUCAAGUUGUUAUUGAUCAAAAUAAUGUGAAUGGCAUGAGCUUGAAGUCUACUAUUGGAAAAUUAAGUGUUGCUGGAAAUGGGACAAAGUGGGUAGCUGAUUUUUCAUCAAUUCUUGUUUUUCCUAAUAAGAUAAAUCAUGUACAAUAUUCAUUUUAUCGUAGAGGGGGAGUUGUUGGAUUUCCUGCACAUGCUGUAACAAAUGUAUCAAGUAAUGUUGUGGUUAUUGAGAGUGAAAAAACUGUUGAUGGAGUGGUGUCAGUUUAUGUUGACCAACAUAAUAUUGUGGGUGAAAAGAAUUUUCUCAUGUGAAAAACAAGCAAUUGGAGAUAUUGUUUAUUGUGGA